CGCGGUGCGCGCUGGGAAAAAGAGAACAUGGCGGCCGGGCCCAGCAAGGCGGAAAUCCAGACGCUGUUCAAGCGGCUACGGGCUGCGCCGGCUAAUAAGUCCUGUUUUGACUGUGGUGCAAAGAAUCCGAGCUGGGCCAGCGUCACUUAUGGUGUUUUUCUCUGUAUCGACUGCUCCGGAGUCCAUCGGUCACUGGGUGUGCACCUCAGCUUCAUCCGGUCUACAGAGCUUGACUCCAAUUGGAGCUGGUUUCAGCUGAGAUGUAUGCAAGUGGGUAGCAAUGCCAAUGCGACUGCCUUUUUCCGCCAGCAUGGUUGCACCACCACAGAUGCCAGUGCCAAGUAUAAUAGCCGUGCAGCCCAGGGGUAUCGGGAGAAGAUACGGCAGCUGGCAAGUGCUGCCAUGGCCAAAUAUGGGAAUGAUCUCCUGAUUGAUGGGCUGAGCGGGACACCCGGCCAUUCCCCAGAGAAGAGUGAUGCUGACUUCUUCCUGGAACAUACACAGACUUGCGAUUCUUGGGAUGUGGCUGAGACAGGUCAGAGCACAGUGGAAUCUUCACUGGAGUUGGAGAGAGCUACAAAGCCAUCUGAAAACAGUGAGGUUCCAUAUCCUGACCAGGGUCCUUCAACUGACUUGCUGAGCACUUCUCCCAAAGGGUCUCUUGAAGUAAAGCUUUCCCUUAUUGGAAAGAAGAAGCCAGGUGCUACCAAGAAAGGGUUGGGAGCCAAAAAGGGUCUUGGAGCUCAGAAAGUGAGCAGCCAGAGCUUCACAGAAGUUGAACGGCAGGCCCAGGUGGCAGAAAAGCUGAGGGAGCAGCAGGCUGCAGAGUACAGGAAGCAAGCAGAGGAAUCUCUGGUGACCUCAAUGAGACUGGCCUACCAGGAGUUGCAGAUUGAUCGGAAGAAGGAGGAGAAGACACUUCAGAAAUUAGAAGGAAAGAAGCGUGAACAGGCUGAAAGACUGGGCAUGGGCUUGGUGUCCAGAAGUUCCAUCUCGCACUCUGUCCUUUCUGAAAUGCAAGUGAUAGAACAAGAAACACCAGUGACUGCGAAGUCUUCUCGUUCUCAGCUGGAUCUGUUUGAAGAUGCUGGAAGCUUCACAUCUGGACCCCCUAAGUAUAAAGAUAAUCCCUUCUCACUAGGAGAUGCCUUUGGCUCACAGUGGGAAACGGACAACUCCUCUUGGGGCAUCGACAAAGGGGAGGAGGAGACAGACAUCACCAUCUCCAGCAUCCGGCCCAUCGGCGACAGACCUACCAACAGAAGAGAAACCGAGGGCAAGAUAGCCAUAGUGGAGUCCAAUGAAGCUCGACAGAAAUUUGCAGGGGCCAAAGCCAUCUCCUCUGACAUGUUCUUCGGGCGGGAAGCCGAUGCUGAGUAUGAAGCCAGAUCUCGACUACAGCAACUCUCUGGCAGCAGCGCCAUCAGUUCUGCUGAUCUGUUUGGAGAGUCUGAGUCUGUGAACUCAAGUGGUGUAUCAAUUGGAAAUGUUCUGCCUGCUGCUGAUAUUGCCCAAUUCAAGCAAGGGGUGAAAUCUGUUGCUGGCAAGAUGGCUGUUUUGGCCAAUGGUGUAAUGAACUCCCUCCAGGAUCGGUAUGGCUCAUAUUGAAGUUUCUGGGGAAUUUGCUGCUCAUGGCCGUCAGUGAAAAACCACUCGCACCUUGGGUCACCUGGUAGAAUUCUGCAGGAUUAUUUUUUCAACCGAGCAUGGCUGGAGGGCUGCUUGAGAAAUAGGGUUGGGUGGAGAAAUGGACAUGCCUGGCAUUUGCUCAAAACCUCUCUGCACAUCAGUUGUGUUAGAA